AUGGUGAAAAGAAAGCUCGGGGCCUUGGAAAAGGUCGAGGCUGACCUGCCCAACCUGCAGCACAAAAUCCGCAGAGACCCUAAGUCUUACGUCGAAGAUUUCCGCGCCCAGCACUACCAGUAUGAGUCGCAUCGCGAAAUCUUCAUGGCCGCGCCCACUUCGGCCACCGAUACCGGUAUCAUUUCACUCCGAGACUUGAUCGACUUCAUCUCUCAUGUGGCCGAUUGCUACCCGGAUAUCUUGAAAGAGUUUCCCCAGCAACUCACCGAUCUUUUGAUGCAGCACCACUUGGUGCUGCAGCCGGAGUUGAGGGAGAAGAUUGUUGGAAGUCUGGUUCUUCUUAAAAAGAAAGAGUGUAUUGAUUCGGCAACAUUACUUCACACUCUGUUCCCUAUACUCAUUUCCACCCCGAGCAAGACCCUUCGUGCUCUUCUAUUUCAGAAGAUCUUAUCUGAGCUUCGCACAGCAAAUUCGAAGACUACCAACCACAAGCUCAACCGGACUAUGCAAACUGUUCUCUUCAACUUGGUCACAUCGGAUCGCACAUCUUCAAAAGCACUCUGGGCUAUCAAAAUCACCCGUGAGUUGUGGAAGCGUCAGAUCUGGACCGAUGCCAAGACUGUUGAGAUCAUGAAGGAGGCCAGUCUCUCCGAGAAUGAGAAGGUCACUGCUGGUGGUGUACGCUUCUUCCUCGGGGGUGACCGAGAACGUGAAGAAAUGGAGGACGAGGAUAGUGACGCUGAUGUCGAUGUCGGUCGUAUUAAGCAUCAGCUUGGUAUCAACAAGAAGACUAAAAAGAAGGCACGCGUUGCCGAGAAGGCCAUGGCUCUUCACAAGAAGAAGGAGAAGAAGAAGGGCCAGCCUCAUCCGUUGAACUUCUCAGCUCUUCACCUGCUGCACGACCCUCAAGGCUUUGCGGAUAACCUCUUCACCAAGCACUUGAAGACUGCUAAGAUCAACCAGCACAACAGGGAACACAAACUUCUUGUUAUGCAGCUCGUCUCCCGUUUGGUGGGUUUGCACCAGUUGCACAUUAUGCCGCUGUAUUCGUGGUUCCAGAAGUAUCUCGUCCCAAAGGAAGCGAACGUGACUUCCUAUCUCGCGUCACUUGCUCAGGCAACGCACGAGUUGGUGCCUCCGGAUGUCCUCGAGCCUCUUAUUCAAAAGAUUGCCAACGAGUUCGUGUCUGAGGCCUCUGCUGGAGAGAUUGCUUCCGCUGGUCUCAAUGCCAUUCGUGAAAUUUGUGUUCGUCAGCCUCUUGCCAUGAACGAGACCUUGUUGCAGGAUCUCGUCAUGUACAAGAAGAGUAAGGAUAAGGGUGUGAUGAUGGCCGCUAAGGGUCUGCUCAGUCUCUACCGUAAUGUUGGUGCCGACAUGCUGAAGAAGCGCGAUCGGGGUAAGGAGGCCGCCAUGGGACUUCGUUCCGGUGACCGCGAGCAGAAGCGCUUCGGUCAGCAGGAGAAUGGAGGAAUCGAGGGUAUCGAGCUUCUGGAGCAGUGGAAGGCGGAGGAGCGCCGCAAGAAACGCGAGGAAAAUGGCCUGGACCCCGAUGCCGAGGGUGGCUCCGAUGAAGAGGAAUCCGAUUGGGAUGCCUGGAACGUCGAGGAUGACGAGGACAGUGAUGAUUCUGGCGGCUGGAUCAACGUUGAAAGCGAUGUAGAGAUCGACUUCAGCGAUUCUGAAGAUGAGGGCAAGGAUCGUCCGUCGAAGAAGGCUAAGCAGGAGGCUGAGGCCAAGAACUUCGAGGCUAAGGAUGCUGAGAGCAAGAAGGAAGCCAACGAGGAAGUCAAAAAGAUCUCCAAGCUGGCCACCACCCGCAUUCUCACCCCGGCCGAUUUGGCCAAGCUCGCCGAGCUCCGAGCUCAGGCGGCCAUUGACUCCUCGAUGCCCAAGGGCCGCCGUGCCCAGCUUGGUGACCGACACGUUGACGACGGUCUGACCGCCGAGGAGAUUGAAGGUCUCGCUUCUCUGUCCAAGGGCAAAUUGACGCGCGAGGAGCGUAUUGCCCACGCACGUGAAGGCAAAACCGACCGCUCAGAGCACAAGAGUAAAGAGGCCAGGCGCAAGGAGCGCAAGGAGGAGCAGGGCAAGAGUACCACCAACAAGGAGAAGGCCCGCCGAAAGAACUUCCUCAUGACUCUGGGCAAGGCACGAAGCAAGAACAAGCGCAGUCUGGUCGAGACCAGGGCUGUGUUGAAGGCGCAUCACGACCGUGCCAAGAGAGGUGGAAAGAGAGGAAACUUGGGAAACUAG